ACUUGUUUAGAGUUUUCCCUCUCAACCACGUGGAGUGACGGUUCUCACUCAUUGAAAUCAGAGGCUUUUACAUUCUUAUUAUAAUUAUUUAGUUUUGUUUUGACCGUGCUCGGCAUCGACGCUGCCCCGUGUGUGAGAUGUCAGCAGCGGGUCAGCAGACCUCCAGGAGCCUGGAGAUCCCCGCUGUCCGGAGGAUCGCCAUCCACGAUGCAGCCCUCAUGCCCAAGGAGUACUCCACGACCCCGGGGGGAACUCUGUUCAGCACCACGCCAGGAGGCACCAGAAUCAUAUACGACAGGAAGUUCCUGCUGCAGUGUCGGACCUCUCCUCUGACCCGUACGCCUCCUAAACUUCCCGAUAUUCCAGGAGUCACAAGGCCGCUUGACCCAGAGUCAUCCAGUAAUGAAAACCAGCCUGAAGAAUUACCCAGCAACAACGCAGACGACCACAGCCUGAACACAGAGGAGAACUCUGCGGAAGACGCCCAGUUUGAAAUGGACAUCUAAAUGUUAGCAGCAGUAAGCUAUGAAGUAUUGCUAACAUUUAUGUGGUUAUGAAAUAGUUGAAACUGCAAGUUCAUUCUAAGUCAGCUUUAUAAUCUGACAGAAAACAGCCAUGUAUUUUCUAAUGUCAAGUAUUUGAAAAAUGUUGAACCUAAAACAUUAACUAACACUGUUUUUUUCACUUUGUUAAAUGUAUGACACGUAAUUCCUUAAAUUGUUUUUUUUUGUUUGUUUUUGUUUUUAUGUGACUUAUAUUUACUUUGAAAAUAUGAUAUAAAGUCAAUUAUUAGGACUAGUGUUGUUGGGAAGCUUGGUGUGAAAUCUGUGAUAACUUUUAUGGCCACAUGAGGGCAGCAGACAAAAGUUUCAUGGUUUGAGAUCCCGUUGUGUUUGUCAAUUUCAAGUCAAUUUAUUUGCAUUACUUUGGUUGUUUGAACACUAAGUGAUUGUGAAGUUACAUAAAUUAUCAGCAGAGGUCUUAUUAAUGUCUGACUGCAUUUUAUUGUCACUCAUCAGUUGUUUGUUCCUUAAUUUCCAAGAUCAUUUUAGAAUCAUUUCAUACAUUUUUUAAAUGCAAAUUGAAACCUCAACCGAAAUGGUAUAGUGAAAUAUUUCUUGGCUGGAAAUGUUACAUAAUAAGCUUAUAGUUGUUACAAACUAUAAGCUUAGAAAAACUGUAUGAAUUUUUUUUUACUGUGAACAUCAUUAAAAGUCACUGUUAAUGCA